AUGAAUGCUACUGCAUAUGCGUUGCUUAUAACGUUUAAUGCAAACUGCAAAAGAACAGAGGAUUCUUGGAAGGUGUUGGGCGAUAAGGUUCAUGAACAAGUUGUUGUGUGGAGUACUCUAUGGUCAUGGUAUUGUAUGAACAACAAGCAUGAAGAUGCGCUAAAUGUUUUCUUUGGGAUGCUAAGAACUCCUCUUACAUACCUCCAGGAUGUGGAUCUGUCAGGAUCUGGAAACCUAAAAGAUAUUCCAGAUCUCUCAACGGCCACUUAUCUCAAAGAUUGCGCUUCGGAGAUUGAGAAACUAUGGGAAGGAUUGGUGCGGAGGAUUGAUUUUCCAUCUGGAUAUCUCUCUGUUUCAGACAAAUCGUAA